GCUGGACUUGCUUUUUGUUUUUUCCAAUGGGGUGCGUACCAAAAAGAAACUAUCGCGGACAUUUUUGGAUUUUCGCUUCUUUUUGGUUUUCACUCCAUUCCCCUUGAUGAGUUCAGCCAACGGUCUUGAUCAGUCUGACAAUGGAGCUGCCUCCAACUUUGCAGCACAAAGAGCUCUCUAUGAAAGGAAAUUUCAAAUGUAUCUCGACCAAGUGACGCCAUUCACUACUUAUCGCUGGAUAGGCACAGCUGCGUUACUGUUCUUAUUUAUGCUGCGUAUCUUCCUUGCUCAGGGAUGGUAUAUCGUGACCUAUGCACUUGGUAUCUAUUUGCUCAAUUUGUUCUUGGCCUUCUUACAGCCAAAAUUCGAUCCUUCUUUGGAUAAUGCCGACAUGGAUACUAGUGAUGCUGGUCAAGCAGACGAAGGUCCGUCAUUGCCGACGAAGGCCGAUGAAGAAUUCAGACCCUUUAUUCGACGAUUGCCCGAAUUUAAGUUUUGGUACUCCACCACCAAGGCUAUUUUCGUUGCUCUUGUGUGCAGUUUCUUCAGUGUGUUUGACGUCCCUGUCUUCUGGCCUAUCCUUUUGAUUUAUUUCUGUAUCCUCUUUGCUAUCACCAUGCGAAGACAAAUCAAGCAUAUGAUCAAGUACAAGUACGUGCCCUUUGAUCUCGGUAAGAAGAAUUAUGGCAAAAGCAACAAGUAGUUGCAUCCAACGCGUAUAGGAUACCCGCCGCCCCAAACCCACCAAUCCAAUCUUGCUGUACACAUUCUCAGCUCGCCGAAUGAAAGCACGGCAGCUUACCCACUCAUGGUUUAGAAUCGCAUAUAUACUUUUUUUCUCCUUCUUCUUUUCACAAUCUUUUUAUAUUCCUUCCUGUAGGGUUCUUCUUUUGUUUUGUACCCCUCUUUUGCACACGGUUUGUUUCUUUUAUCCAACCUAUUUCAUUUU